UGCACCAGGCUCUUCUGUCCAUGGGAUUCUCCUGGCAAGAAUAGUGGCAUGGGUUUCCACUCCCUCCUCCAGGAAUAGUCUUGCAUUAUACCUCAGUUCUCUCAGUUUAAUCACUGGCAAUAAUUCUAAUGGAAUCAUUCACUCUAAAUAAAAAUAUAAAAUAUAUGUAGUGUUUUUAUUGUUUUAAAGCAAUUCCACAUAUAUCCUCUAGUAUUAAUUGAACAUUAUCUAAUGACAGGAAGAAAGUAUGUUAGGGAUAAGAAUUUAGCAGUUUAGUAAUAACUUGCCCAGUUUACAAAUCAGCAAAGACAGCAGCAAAGCUGACAUCUCCAGACCAAUCACAUCAAACUCUCAAUGAUAUCCUCAUUGGAUAUAUUGUUCAUAAUUAAUUCUACAUUUCAUGAAGUUAUGGGAUGCUCUGAAAGUAAGUUAAGUUACUGCCAAAGGCUUCAAAAAAUCCUUAGCGUUAUCAAACUUCCUCAGCAGUCACUUUGCACAAACUGGAAGAACUAAAACCGCCCAAUUUGUUUGGAAUCAGUGUAACAUCAUUUAAUAGUCACUUCUACGCUGAAUAUAUUUAUUAAUUGUACAAGUAUGUUUUUUCCCCCAAAGUUUGAAUUCUUGUAUCAGGAAGGUCAAAACACUGACUACAACAGUACUUCUGGAAUAUAGCUCUUCCUUUUACAAGUAAACAGUGUUGAGAACACCACAAAGAAAGCAGUAGACUUUUCUCUUUAAGCCUGGAGAAUCCCAGGGACAGGGGAGCCUGGUGGGCUGCUGUCUAUGGGGUCGCACAGAGUCGGACACGACUGAAGCGACUUAGCAGCAGAGUUGAUUUCUAUAUGCCAAUGAAUGGGUCUCCUAAACAUCAUUGUUCAAUCCCUACCAUUAACUCGGUUAAAACCCAGAUGUUUUAACACCGCAUAAGGAAUCACUUGUCCAUCAGAAAAACUACUCAUUUUAAUUACUUUAGCGCUAUAACUGAAAAGCAGUAUAACUGCAUAUUUCAGCUACUGUAGAGUCUGGGUUCCCUUAAACGUCUACCAAAAUCAGGCGCUGGAGCUACAGAUUUCCGAGUUAUUUUUGCAGUCGUGGCGUGAAGCUGAGCCAAGGUGCAGGUGAGGAGCACCAGGCAGCUCGGGUCCCCAUGGCUACUGUCACAGCAACGCGUCGCGGCUCUUGGGGCAGGCCUGAGUCCGAGGGGGGAAUUAAGGGCCCGCCCGCGCCUCAAGGGAGGCCCUGGGACAGACUCCCCGGAGUUGAAGAAAACGCCUUCAGUGGAAGGAAACCGGCUGGGGAAGCUGGCGGGAGCAAAUUAGCUGCUAGUCCCAGCUCCUUCGCAGUGGCUAGGGCAGAUUUCCCGGAGACGCCAGGCCGCGUCUGUUCUCUCUUCAUCCUACUUUGCCAUUUUUUAUGACGCUGCCUCGCAGACUUCUCUUUUCUGGUUACCACUCAGCUUUAAUUUAAGAUGCUUUCACAGACGCGACAGAUGCCGAAGGUGAAGCCCCUAAACAGUCCCGCCACAACUCACGCCUUCUCCCACGUUUUCCUCGCAGGCCCGCCCCCGGAGUGAGCGGCGCGCGGGACCGGGGGAAGGCGAGCUCCCGCCGCGGCCUCGCCUCGCCCCGCCCCCGGGCGCGCGCCCCCACCCAUAUAAGGCCCGGAGAGCCCGCCGCCCCGCCUACUCGGCCUCCACCCCGGGCGCGCCGUGCAGAGGGCAGUGGCUUGCAAUAGGCUUCUGCGCCUCCUUUAUAUUUUUCCCCUUAGGUGACUUUCCACAACGGCGAAAAACAGGUCCCAGGAAAAAGGCAACAAUCUUAAAAGAGUAACUGUUACUAAAAGUAUUAAAUAAUUUCACUACAGGAGCUCGCGAGUUUACCCCGCCUCCAAAGCUCGAGCUCCGCCCCGUGGAGCAACCCUCCCCCCACCACAAAGCUGCCCCCGGGAGUCCACGCCGACGCUCUCUCGGCGGCGCGCUAGCUCCGCCCCUCCAGCCCCGCCCCCCUCCCCCCUCGCUCUCCCUCUGGAGAGUCAGCGCGCACGAACCGGGGCGUGAGGCGUCAGGGACGCGCGGGCACCUCAUCCUUCCCACCUUCCUACACUGUUGCUACUUUUCGGUGUGAGUCAUUUCAGCUUCUCUUCCCCUUCCGUGAGUCCCUCCUUUUCUCAGAGACCCCGCUCGUCCCGCAGGCGGCCACCUCCGCAGCAGCUCUCGCGCCCCCAGCGAGUAGUGCGCGUGCGCGCACGGCGGAAGCGGGCGCGCGGCCGUCGAGUCCCCGCGCUCCCUCCCUCCUCCCGUUGCUGUAUAACUUGACUGGCUCGGAGGAGGCGCCGCCGGAGUCGGAGGGCGGGGAGCUCGGAGGAGGGAGCUCGAGAGUUGUGGAGACUAGUGACUGGGAGAAGUCGCAGCCUGCUCGGGCCGCCUGCUUCCCGCUCUCCGUCUCUCUUACACACCUACUCCGCUUCCCGCCCCAGCCCGCGCGCCUUGCUCCUUCUUUCGCUCGGGGACCCCUGCCGGUCGCUCUCCGGGUUUCGGCGCGGCGGGGGCGCCCCGGGGGUGCCCUCGCCCUCCGGGUGCUGGCGGACGGGCGGCGGGCGGGAUGUGGCGCCUGGUGCCCCCGAAGCUGGGCCGCCUGUCCCGCUCGCUGAAGCUGGCGGCGCUGGGCAGCCUGUUGGUGCUGAUGGUGCUGCACUCGCCGUCGCUGCUCGCCUCCUGGCAGCGCAACGAGCUGGCCGACCGGCGCUUCCUGCAGCUCAAUAAGUGCCCGGCGUGUUUCGGAACUAGCUGGUGCCGCCGCUUCCUCAACGGGCAGGUGGUGUUCGAGGCGUGGGGCCGCCUGCGCCUGCUGGACUUCCUCAACGUGAAGAACGUCUACUUCGCGCAGUACGGCGAGCCCCGCGAGGGCGGCCGCCGCCGAGUGGUGCUCAAGCGCCUCGGUUCGCAGCGCGAGCUGGCGCAGCUCGACCAGAGCAUCUGCAAGCGGGCCACCGGCCGGCCCCGCUGCGACCUGCUCCAGGCCAUGCCCCGCACCGAGUUCGCGCGCCUCAACGGCGACGUGCGGCUGCUCACGCCGGAGGCGGUGGAGGGCUGGUCCGACCUGGUGCACUGCCCCUCGCAGCGCCUGCUCGACCGCCUGGUGCGCCGUUAUGCAGAGACCAAGGACUCGGGCAGCUUCCUGCUCCGCAACCUCAAGGACUCGGAGCGCAUGCAGCUGCUGCUGACCCUGGCCUUCAACCCAGAGCCGCUGGUGCUACAGAGUUUUCCAUCUGAUGAAGGUUGGCCAUUUGCAAAAUAUCUUGGAGCUUGUGGAAGAAUGGUGGCUGUUAAUUAUGUUGGAGAAGAACUGUGGAGUUACUUUAAUGCACCAUGGGAGAAACGAGUUGACCUCGCUUGGCAAUUAAUGGAAAUAGCAGAGCAGCUCACAAACAAUGACUUUGAAUUUGCACUCUACCUCCUGGACGUCAGCUUUGACAAUUUUGCAGUUGGUCCUAGAGAUGGGAAGGUAAUCAUUGUGGACGCUGAAAAUGUUUUGGUUGCUGACAAAAGGUUAAUCAGACAAAAUAAGCCUGAAAAUUGGGAUGUAUGGUAUGAAAGCAAAUUUGAUGACUGUGAUAAGGAGGCUUGCUUAUCAUUUUCAAAAGAAAUUCUUUGUGCUCGUGCCACUGUGGACCACAAUUAUUAUGCUGUUUGUCAGAACCUCUUAUCCAGACACGCCACGUGGCGUGGCACUUCUGGAGGACUCCUCCAUGAUCCACCAAGCGAAAUUGCCAAAGAUGGCCGCCUCGAGGCCUUGCUGGAUGAGUGCGCCAACCCAAAGAAGCGCUACGGCAGAUUCCAGGCUGCGAAAGAACUGCGUGAAUAUCUAGCACAAUUAAGUAACAACGUGAGGUAGUCUACGGUGAACUUGUCUUUGCUUUUCUUCAUUUACAUAGCACUGGCUAAAACGAAAACUUCCAAAAACUAUCUGGAAAAAUGAAAUUUGGAAGUCCUAUUUCCAAAUGCCUGAUAAACUUGCACUGACAGAGCUUACGGUAACAUCCGCCAAAAUAAGACAUGAUUUCAAAAAUCACACGAUGCUUCUGCAGAUAAGUUUGUUCUUAAACUUUGGAGGCUUGAGCUCUCGUUGACCGCUUCAGCCCCUGAAUGCCUGACUGGAUUAAUGAGUAUUGUUAAGCUAUUGGAAAUGAGUCUGAUAGUUACAUUGGCUUGUGUAUCAAAGGGUACUUGGUACUUGACUUAGUUUGCAUUACUGUCAUGAUUUUGUGAAUCUCUUUUAUUUACUUUGAAUAUCAAGUUAGAUUGGCCUGUUUUAUAGGCUACUUUUUCCUUCUGAUGUGUAGGGUUUUUUUUUUUUUCUCUUCCAUUUUUAUGUUUUUUUAUUAAAUUUUACACAUUCAGGUUACUAUAGGUGUUCAUUUACAGUUGGGCUAGUUUUCAUUCAGUGCUAUGCGGUACAUAUUUACUGUUAGGAUUCCCAGGUUUACUGUGUUUUUCCGAAAAAAACAGAAUUCAGUUUUCAGAAAACUGAAUAUUUUGUUGUGUAAAUACUUACAUUUCUUCCCACUUUCUGUGGUUUCACCAUUGCAUGAGAUCACUUGAGGUUAUUUAACAGUUACAUCCCUCUAUGCCAAUAAAUUAUAACUGUACACUAAAUAUGAACUAUGGCAUAUGUUGCAAAAUGUCAUCUUUGUCCCUUAAAAUGCUUUAAGAGUAUACUAGCAAUCUAUACCUUGAUGUUAAUUUGAGAGGAAAAAAAUAAUAAAACAGUAUUUUUUAAAUGCUAACUUGUCCAGGAUAGUAAUGCAUAUGCCAAAGAAAUAUUAGACCUAGUCUUAGAUUUUAAAAUUGGUCACCUACUUAUUCUUACUAUCCUACUUCCAGUACUUUGAGUCUGUCAUUAUUAAAUUCAUAUCUUCCUGGUUAUUCUUUAAUGUUGAAAAAUUGUGCUACUACUUCCAAAUAUAUGUAACUUCAGUUACAUUUCUGUAACUUCAGUGUGGUAGUUUUGCAAAAAUCAGCUUGGUAGUCACUGUUUGAGUUUAAUCUGGCAUCAUAACUUUUUAAAUUUAUUGAUGGACUAGUAAUUCUAACUAUAAAUAAAGCAGACAGGUUUAGCCAGUCUGUCCAACUUGGUCUCCAUUACCCAACUGUUAACCAUCAACAACAUCAAAUUUAAGUAUGUGGGUAAAAAUUAACAAAUGUGUGAAAUUUCUCUCAGCUGUUUUUUAAAGUUAAAAUAUAUGUACAUAUAAAUUGGCUAAAGCUAACGUAGGUAAUAUUUUUCUGUUUGAAAUCGUAACUUUUGUUUACAGCAAAGUUUGAUGUAGCGUGCAGUAUUUAGUUCUAGACUGAUCUUAUUCUAAUCAGAACGUGAUUAAAGUAUGCACAACCAAAGCCAAGUUUUUCUUUUUCAUUCAUUCAGCAACUAUUUAUUGAGCAUCAACUCUGUGCCAGGUACAUUACUAGCUGCUACACACUGUCUGAACAUGACAUAUGGUUAAGUAACUUUACAAUGAUUAUCAAAGACUUUAAUGUGGAUAUUUCUUAAGUUGAAGUAGCAUUCAUUAGGAUGUUGCUUUCAUGUUCUUUUAUUGUUGUGAUGGAUGUUCUACCUGUACUAUCUAUAACGGUUGCUAAAGAAAGAGCAGGAGGAAAUCAAUAAAGUUAACCCCAGUUUAAAAACUGGAAGAAGGGUAAGAUCUCUUCCUUAUAAAAUACAUUGCAUUAUGUUAAUUUUAUACAUUACAUAUGCCGACUAGCCCUCAAAUAGAGAUUGAAGUGUUGGAAAUUUUACUAAGCUGACUUUUUACAGCUUUGGAAAACUUUUGAGGAGAGUAGGUAAAAUUACUUGUCAGACGUUUGCCUCUUGCCCAAAACUUCGAAUAAAAUACACAUUUCAAAAUGGAGCACCUUUUAUAUUUGUAUAAGUAUUCAUUAUAAACCUUAGAAUGCCAGUCAUUAGAGCAGUUGUCUUACUGUUUAGCAAACAUCUAUCUUACUUUUUGGAAGGGUGACUGUGAUUGCAGAACAGGAAGUGAGAAAACACUGCCAGCAGUGAUUGCUUCUUGAGGUAGCUUUUGAUAACUACCAUUUCCCCCAUGAGAUUAUGUGGAAUUUCUUUUAUCUUUGGAAAAGUUGAGAAGAUAAUAAAAGAAUUAGGAAUUUUAAAUUACAGGGGAAAAUAUAUAUGUGAAAAGCAAUAAAUAUUUUGUUCACUUUGCUAUCGAGAUGUUCACUAUCAGAUAUUUAUUAUACAGUAGCAAUUUAUAUUUUUAAUCAUUGCCCAUUAAUAGACACAGUAAAAUAUUUUUGAAUCAGACAUUUGGGGUUUGUAUGUGCAUUAAAAUUGUCUUUUGUACUGUAAGUUACUGUUUAAUUUGAAUAUUUUAUCAGAACUGUCUCCCUGUGCCUUUAUAAUAUAAAGUUGUUUCUACAACUUUUAAUAAUCUUAAUAAAGAAUACUUUAAGAACCA